AGCCCGGCUAACUUUUUCUUCAGCGCAAGUUUCUAGAUCCGUAAACCCGUAGGCUGGUGGCCUUGAAGAUGGCUAUAUAAACUGGCUGUGGGUCGGUAGUCCUUCAAUUGACUUAGAAUAAAGCAUCGUAUCAACAUCAUUCACGAAUAAACGUCUAUACAAUACAUACACUAUGAAGACACUUGGGUUUGUUGCGGCAGUGACAGCAUUGCUUUGGUGUUCAUUACAAGUUCAAGAAUCGUCGGCUAUGCCUGCAAACACACUACAGUUGAAGGCAAAGUUUUAUGAGUUUCUGUUGAAAUAUGGUUACUUCGAUGAAGAUUUGGCGUCAAAGACGGACGGUGAGCCACUAACCCCUAACGAGGAGAAAGACGCGGUCCGGUCGAUGCAGCGUAUGGCCGGUCUACCUGCUACGGGGGAAAUGGACGAACUAACGGCGGAGAUGCUCAACAAACCACGCUGUGGUGUCAAGGACGGUAACCCACGACAACUCAUCAAAGGAUCAGGCAACCGUCUGAGACGCUACUCCGUCUUGGGAGAUCCCUACAAGUGGGCGGAUGACAAGACUCAACUUACGUACAAGAUCGUUAAUUAUCCCGGUGAGGCAGCCACAGCCACACGUGACGAGGUUGACGAGGACAUCGUCGCAGCCUUCAAAGUGUGGAGUGACGUCACCCCCUUACGGUUCAGUGAGGUUCACACUGAUGACGCAGAUAUUAAGAUACUGUUUGGGUCUCGAGCACAUACUAGGGUCGAGGGUGAUCCACCCUUUGACGGGCCAGGAGGCACUCUGGCUCAUGCGUUUACCCCCAAUUCGGGAUGGGGAGACACAGACGGUGAUGUGCAUCUGGAUGAUGAUGAGACGUUCUCGCAUGGUGUGUACAGCGGUACCAACUUACUUUACACCCUCACCCAUGAAAUCGGCCACGCCCUUGGAUUGUUCCACUCUGACGUCCAAGGGGCCUUGAUGGGGCCAUACUCCCGCGGCUACGACCCGAAUUUUACACUACCCGAAGACGACAUCCUCGGAAUUCAAGAGCUUUAUGGACCUAACAAUAACGUGGCUCCAGACACAGAAGCACCCAAGGUGGACGCCCCGAUCUUCUGCUCAACAACCUUUAAUGCAAUUGCCUUCAUCAACAAACAGUAUUUCGUGUUUGGGAAUGGUAUGCUAUGGAGAUUUGAUGCCAACCGUAACCUUCUCUCGCCUCCAGAGGGCCAAUCUCCACGAGAUGUAUUCCCCAAGUUCCCUCUUACAGGUGUCAAAGCGGUUUACCAAAUCAACAGAACCAAAGAGGUCAUUGUAUUCAAAGGGAAAAAUUACUGGAGGUACGAGGAAUCCCUAUUCUCAACCUCAUCCUCACCACUCUUUCAACAAAAGGACAUCGACCCCUCAACAAAGACAGACUUUCCUCAACACGUUCGGGAUAUAGCCUUUCCAAAGGCUGUGACAGGGGUAGUACAUAUACCCAAGGUUAACUUCUCCUACGUCGUCAGAGGGAAGAAAGUGUUCACACGUAAAGAGAAUGAACCCUCAAAGUCCCCUAACAGCGUGAGUGUCAAGACGGUAUUUGAAGGAGUCACGGAGAGGCCCACUGUUUCAUUUUUCGCAGAAGGAUUUGCAAACAUUUUGACGGGUGACGACUACUACCGUUACGUCUAUGACUUCAAGACUUCAACGUUUGUUGCUCUCAAUGGCUACCCACGAAACUUUGCUGUGGAGUUCUUGCGCUGUCCUGUCGUCUAGAGACUAGUCUACACACCUCCUUUGUCUAUUAAUAACUCACCGAACAAUAUUAAUCAUUUAAAGGCACUGGACAUUAUAUUGGUUAUUACUCAAAGUAAUUGAUACCAUAAAUUGUUUUGGUAA